AUGUCCCUCGCCGCAUCCACACAUCGGCCAUCUUCACGAGAACGCCCAAGCCAUGCACGCUACCUGCAUCAACCGCCCAAUGCGACUCGCCUGCGCACUCCCAAUGCGACCCUGAACGAUGAGGCCAUGCCAUCCGCCACCCACGCGAACCCCCUCCCUCACGCGGACAUGACCACCGACGACGACCCCCAGACUGCGCGCUGGCAUGAGCAGUAUCUGCGCACCGAAGCGCGCCUGAACGCGCUGCUGGGAGGCCACACCCAGAACCUCACCGCCACCGGCCGUGACAAUGGAGCCCCAGCAUCGGCCGAUGACGCUCCGGCGGCGCAUGACGCGCGCCCGGCCGUGACUCCAAAGAGGCCAACGCGAGCCAUCGACGAAGACGACUAUGGCGAUGACGACGAGGAAGAAGACGAAGAAGACACCCAUACCUCACCGCUGCUUGCAAAAAGCGCCCUCAACGGCCUUGCUGGUGCCGCCGCCCCCGACACGCCAAGCCAUCUUCAUGUACCAUCCAUGUCGAACAAGUCAGGCAUAGAUCCCCAGGGCACACCAUCCUCUGAGCAGCCCAAAACCUCCGACGAUGUGCGCAAGAAGCUGCAGCAAGAUAAGAAAGCAGCAGAGGAUGCCGCGAAGAGGAGCUUCCACACCCUCUUCUACUCCCUCGAAAGCGACCGAGACGCGAUGUUGGAGCAGCAAAAGCUAGAUGAGCUGGACAGACAGGUAGAGAUCGAGACAUCUGGUCAGCCUGCCAAUGCUCCGACCAAUGGAGCCGUUGCUGCCCCCCAACAAGGCACACUCAGCAACACGAAUCUUGGCGCUUCGAGUCUGACGCUCAAACAUCUCAUAUCCCGAAUAGAUGCGCAAAGAGACCGGGUACACGCGACCGAUGCUCAAUUGCGAAGUCUCAUUAGUGAAGUCCGCAAGAAUAGGAGCAAGUGGGCGAAUGAGGAUCGUGUCGGGCAGGAGGAGCUAUACGAGAGUAUGGAGAAGGUCUUGAUGGAACUCAAGGCGGGCGAACAUGCCCAUCCCUUCUUGCAACGCGUGAAUAAGCGGGAAGCCCCAGACUACUACAACGUUAUCAAGCACCCCAUGGACAUUGGCACGAUGAUGAAGAAGCUCAAACAGCUACAAUACAAGUCGAAGAAGGAAUUCGUCGAUGAUCUCAUGCUGAUUUGGUCUAAUUGUCUCAAGUACAAUGCCGACCCGAGUCAUUUCCUUAGGAAGAAGGCACUUCACAUGAAGAAGGAGACCGAGAAGCUUGUCCCCUUGAUUCCAGAUAUUACUGUUCGCGACCGUGCCGAGGUCGAAGCAGAAGAGCGGAGACUGCAGCGCAGUGGCGAUCUAGAUGCAGAUGGGGCGGAGGACAGCGAAGAUGAGGAGCCCAUCAUGGCAUCACGAGGCCGCAAAGCUCCAAGUAAAGGGGGCAAGGGUUCAAGCGCUGCGAGAACAGCGCCUCCAGCAGGUCUGGAGGACACCCCAGGACCUGAACCCAAGCCACCUGUCCCGUCCAUUAACAAUGCUGUUUCGAAUUUAAAGAACGAAUUCUUGCGUGCGGACUCAGAAAUGGAGGGUAGCGUGAAUGGAUUUGCCACUCCCCCGCCCCCGGGGACUUUGACGCCGUCAGGAAUCAACAGUGUCUCGAAGAAUGGUAUCAAUGGCAGUCAGGCAGACCCUUCGGAGGCCGACGGUACGGCCGUCUCUUUUAGUGACACUCUCGAGGAGGAAGCUGAUCACGAUGAUCUCGAGUUCAAAACAUGGAAGCAAGUGACGAAGAAAGACCGUGCUAUCAUUGCCUCGGAAAGACACCGACUCUUCCGUGACGAUCACCUCCAAGCCGACGAGCCAGCUAUUCUACGAACAAAAGCUGGUAUGAGAAGGUGGCUUCGCCAUCGAAAGCAGGCCAUGGAGGAAGAGUCGGCAAGCGGUUUGACUUCAGUACCAGACGGCAAAGACGGCGUGCAGGCCACAGCAGGCGAGUCUCUUGCCGAGGGUAUCGAGGGCGAAGAAGAACGCCAAAUCCCAGACUACUACGAUGCUGUUUGCGCCAUUCCGGAUCUUACUGAACGACUCCAAUGGGUCGAGGACGCGGAAGGCAACGUGGUACAGCAGGUUGAAGAAUACAUGCGUAUUGUGCCAGCAGGUCAAUUCACAGCCCCUGACAGCGCUUUAUCGCACAGGAUGGACGCCAACAUCCAGUCGCUUCAGGACACAAGGAAGAUCUGUUCAAAGAUUGGCAUCGUCAAACAGAUGCAGCUCCAAUCGCAGCUAUAUCAGAACCAAUUCCAACGAUACGAGCCUCAACCGUUUAUGGAAGCCGAUAUAGAACCAAUGGUCGUCUCUGAAGACGGUCCUGUCAUGGCGCCUUACGUCUGUCGCGCAGCGCUACAACGGAGCGUGGGUAAGAUCUUCUACCAUGCUGGCUUUGAAGAGUUCCAACCGUCAGCUUUGGAUGCGGUGACGGAUAUUGCGGCCAAAUUCUUCCAAAAUCUUGUUGCUAGUCUUGGUGUCUAUCGCGAGACACCAAAGAUGAGAUCCGAUGCGCCAAUUACUUUGCCUAAUGGAGAGACGACCAACUGGACUCCUCGCUUCAACCAAGAGGAAGCGGUGCUACACUCUUUGCAUGCAAAUGGUGUCGAUCUCGAAUCGUUAGAGACCUAUGUCAAGGACGACGUUGAGCGGCUGAGCAGCAAGCUGGCAGGCAUGCACGAGCGCAUGCGAUCCUACUAUGCCGAGUUGCUUCGACCUGCCAUGGACAACGUCGGUGCAGAUGGUGCUGGUGCCUUCAACGAUGGCAGCGAGCAAUUUGUUGGUGGAGACUUUGCGGAAGACAUCGGCGAAGAUUUCUUCGGUUUCAAGGAGCUUGGGCUUGAUAGGGAGUUUGGCCUCACCUUUAGUGUACCACUGCACUUGCUACAAAACAGGGUACAUAAUGCCUAUGCCAGGCAAGACAACAAGUAUGCAUCAUCCCACCUACUCAGGCAAAACUAUGCUAAUCUUGAUAGUGCGAUUGCAACCACCGGUGUGGUCAUGCCCGAACCACCCAAAUUCGAGCCCGUCAACAUUCACACCGCAGAAAACCAGAUUGGCCUCGUUUCCAGCUGGCUUCUCAACAAAAUCCACGACAAUAACAGCCAGCCCCUCAUCGAAGAUGAUGACUUGCCACCUAAGCAGCGUUUCCCCAAGCCUCGUCUCCCUCCUACGGGUAAGAUUUCCAGUCCUCGCAAGCGGCCGCUUCGCGAACAGCAACAAAUGGCGCGUAAGAAGCGGAAAAUGGAUGAGGAGAAGGAUGAGAAUGGCAAUGAGAAUGGCAGUGGUGGUUUUGUAAAGGGCCUCGGCAAGCCAGUGGGGAAACUAAAACUAGAGCCCUCGCAAAAGGAAAAUCAUGGUGUGCAGGAGCCAGAGAAAGAUGAUGGGAGUGCGCAUGGGAUGCCCAGUCCACCAGAAUCUUUUUAA